ACAGUGUCACAAAACACAAGAAAAAGACAGCCUGAAGCAAAAUGCCUCCGCGGCGUGUCCCGAUGAUGUAAGCGCCGCCGGUGUUGCUGAGUGGCAGCGAUUCCGACUCCGACGACCACCACUUCCAUUUCAUGGCGCGGUGCGUUUCCUGCAAUGAUGAGUACGACCCAAACGACGACGCCGGAACCUGCAAGGAGUGCUACGAGGAGGCCAACGAGACGGAGCAGGAGAUGAAGGAGCAGAUCGAAGAAUUGAAGGCGAAAUCCUCCUUCCUCGCACUCGCUUCCCCCAUCGGCGCUCCUUCCUCCACCACCGAUGUCAUCCUUGUUGCUUCCGCUGACGCUGCCUCUCGCCCUGUUCCCGCUCACAAGGCUGUUCUGGUUAGCCGCUCUCCAGUUUUUAGAGCCAUGCUUGAAAAUGACAUGGAAGAAAGCCGGAGUGGCACCAUCAGGAUUACUGAUAUAUCAUAUGAUACUCUUUGUUCUUUUGUUAACUAUUUAUACACUGCUGAAGCAAUAGCAUCAUCCCUUGAUAGCCAAAUGGCCUGUAACCUAUUAGCUUUGGCAGAAAAGUAUCAGGUGAAUCAUCUUAAAACAUUCUGUGAGAAGUACUUGAUCAGCAAACUGAAUUGGGAGAAAGCUCUUGCAUUAUAUUCCUUUGCAAACCAACAUAAUGCAAACCAAUUGCAAGAUGCAGCCUUGGAAUUUAUUAUCAAUGACAACAUGGCAGGCCUCGCUGCACAUGAAGAUUAUCAGGAUCUGGUGGACAGUAAUCCUCGUCUUGUUGUGGAAAUAUAUGAAGCAUAUCUUACCAAACAGGUUAAUACAGCUGUCCUUAAUUUAUAGGAACAUAGCGUAUGAAAGUAAUAUAGUCAACUUGUGGUUAAACUGGGGUGAUACUUCAGUUUCGCUUAUAUUCUUGAUUGGUGAUUAUUCUGUGGUAGUAUUUUAAGUGUACAUUAUCAUACACUGCUACUGCAGUUAAAGUGUACAUUAUCAUACACUGCUACUGCAGUUAAACUUGCAAGUGCACCCGCUACCUCAUCCAAUUAAGUUGCACCCUGCAAUUAUUAA